UUUAAAAUAUACUAUAUAUAAUGGCUACUCGCAGUCUCACUAGACUUUUUAUCAGUUUCCGUAAUACAUCAGUAAAUAAUGCUACAAGAGAACCAGAAUAUAAAAUUAAAGGCACAAAAAAACGUCAAGCGGAUGAUACUGUAGCACUUGUCUCAGAUGAGGACUUGGAAUUGGGAAAAAGCAUGCAACACCCAGGUGUGGCAUCACUUCCCCCAGAAUGGAGUGAUGCCGUGGAAGAGGUACAAUAUGACAUUUCAAAAAUAAAGAAAAGAACGAAAGAUUUAAAUGCUCUUCAUAAUAAACAUUUAAACAGACCUUCAUUAGAUGAUAAUGUAAAUGAAGAACAUACCAUAGAUGUUACUACACAAGAAAUUACACAGUUAUUUCAUCAAUGUCAGCGGUGUAUACAAACUAUACAAGCAAAAGCACAUGGAGCCAGCAAGUCUGAGCAAACUAUAGUUCGUAAUGUUGUAUCAACUUUAGCGUCACAAUUACAAGAAUUAUCAAUCUCCUUUAAAAAAGGACAAUCAAUAUAUUUAAAAAAAAUGAAAAAUAGGGAAGAACGCGAAAAAAAAUACUUUAAUAACGAUUUUCAACCAACCAAUGCUUUUAUGCAGGAAGAAGAUGAAAAUUUUGAUGACUUGUAUGACAAGGGUUUUACUACAGCACAGUUACAAAUGGUCGAAGAAAACGAACAAAUCGUGAGACAACGUGAAGAAGAGAUUUCGCAUAUAGUACGAUCUAUUGGAGAUUUAAACACAAUAUUUAAAGAUUUGGCUAUGUUGAUAGUAGACCAGGGUACAAUAUUAGACAGGAUAGAUUACAACGUCGAACAAGCAUCAGUUCAGGUUGAAAAAGGUUUACAACAAUUGCAAAAGAGUGAAAAGCACCAGAAGAGUAGUCGAAAAAUGUUAUGUAUACUAGUGUUAGCUGUCGUCUUGAUCAUCAUGAUCAUCGCACUCGUACUCACCAAGAAGUAACCUUGCUGAUUGUAACUCACUUUACUGCUUUGAACAAACAGAACAACUGCGCGAUGCUAUGAGGUGAUCCCCAAUCUAGCAUUAUGUUGUGACGAUGUCAUUCACAUCAAAAGAGUUGCUACUCCCAGUAAAGCUUCUACAAUCAUUCACUUCCAAACUGUUGUGAUUGUGAGAAUCUUGCUUGGAAACUUCCUGAGUAUUGACAUAAAUGUGAGAGUUUAAAACUCACAAACAACUUGUGUACAUGUUUUAGUUUUAGUCGUGUUUACUUAUUUAGCGUUUGCGCUUUUAAAUUAUUACCUUAUAAAUAAUCAAUGAAAGGAAUUUAAGUAAUACAAUAAGGAUAGUUUAAUCGGAUUUGCCUAAUGUUGCAUUAAACGGAAAAAAUUCUACAACUUGUUUCUUGUGCUGGAUGUUAGACGAUGAUCUAAUGGUAAAAAUGUGUCAGGCAGUCUUUUACUUAAUCCUCAAUAUCUGAAUAAUAUUGUAUUGUUUGUUGUUAUUAUUUCAGUCCUGAUCUAAAAAAGUGUUUUUUACGCCUGCUGUUUUGUUCUUUUGCUAAUCAAUAUAGAUAAUUUGAAUUAUUUAUCAUGUAAAUAAAUUAUUCCUAUGUUUUUUGUAUGCUGUGCCUAUCAAAUAUAUAUAUAACAGUUUCCAAAUAGAGACAAUAAUAUUUGCGAA